CAUAUAGACCCGGUCCAGUCUUCAAACACAAGAGAAACCCAACUUCGAGUCGGCAUGAAAACUCUUCAUGGUUGGACCAUUUUGGACCUCAAAUAUAUUUCUGGCCAUUCUUCCCACAAAUUCCUUGUUUUCCCCACACGACUUCUCUUGCCCACCAAAACACAAUCACCUUCUUCACUUCUUCCUCAAGAGCUAAUCACGCAUGAAUCUUUGACUUCAAUCAUCAAUUUCUACUUCUCUUUCACACCCACCAAAGUUCUCAUCUGGGUGUUCUCUUGUUUCGUUGUUCGAUUCUGAUUUGGCUAAAAAGUUUCAAUCUUUACCCAUAAAGAACCCAGUUUUUAGGGUUUUAGUUCGUCUCUGUGAGUUCUGAACCAUGGUAGGGGGCAUAUGCGUUGUUGGUUCGCCCAUUGUGGAUUCACAUACUUCCCCAUGUUUGUGUAUCGAUACACUCAUAUCAACGCAUAUGAAUCACACAAGUAAUGGGGAUUUGAAUUUGCAAAGGAAAUCGAUCAGUAAAAAGCUGAGAUCUUCUUUCACGGAUUCCAGGCUUCCAUCAAAGGCAAUUGCUUCCAAGAAGCAGAAGAGGGUUAAAAGUUUUGUGAUUGUCAAUGAUCUUGGUGGACAAUAUGAAGAAAGUUUUCAUGAUGUUAAAUCUCAAAUCUUCAAUCUUUUCACCUACAAAGCAGUGAGGACUGUUAUGAACCAACUUUAUGAGAUGAAUCCAACUCAAUAUCGAUGGUUUUAUGAUUUUGUGGCAUCAAAUCAGCCCAUUGAUGGAAAACGUUUCAUUCGAGUCCUCCAAAAGGAGAAACAUGAACUUGCAGAAAGAGUAAUGGUGACACGCCUUCACCUUUAUGGUAAAUGGGUCAAGAAAUUGGAUCAUGCUGAAAUGUAUAAAGAUUUUUCGGAUAUGAACUUGGAGUUGAUGCGUGAAAGGCUCAUGGAGACUGUGAUAUGGCCUUCUGAUGAUACGAAUACAGAAAAGAUUGGAUGAAAGAGUUCUUUGGUAUGUGUAUGUGUAUAUGUAUGUAUGCAUGCAUGCAUGCAUGCAUGCAUGCGUUUUUUCUUUAUUGAUUGUUGUUUAAUAGGUAGAUUCAUGGUUCAAGAAGUUUAGCUAGAUUUUGGUCAAAACACCUUUUAUUUACGAUAUGUAUAUGUAUAUACUAUAUAUAUUCUUUAUAUAAUGCCCUUUUAGAAUAGUUUGAAGAAGUAUCUAUUGGUUCAUAUGUUGGAGUGAAUUUUCCUUAUAUGUGAU